GAAUGAUGGAGGACGAGAGGAGCUCCGGAGGAUCUAACCUGUGAGGACCGCGUCUCCGAGCUGCUGCGGGAUUUAUCUUUUUUACAUUUGUGAUUUUAACGAGCUGCUCACGUUCUCUCUUUUCCUAUGUGACUGAGCCGACAGCAUGGGGACACUGCUGCUAUUUGCUGUCCUGCACCUGGUCACAGUGGGUCUGGUGACUGCAGGCUGCCCGGCGGUUUGCGAGUGUCCGGCGGGGCCCCCAUCCUGUCCCCCAGGGGUCAGCUCGGUCCCGGACGGCUGCGGCUGCUGCAAGGUGUGCGCCGCCCAGCUCAACCAGGAUUGCCACGAAGGACGGCCCUGCGACCACCACAAGGGCCUGGAGUGCAACUACGGCAAUGAUGUAGGCCGUACCCAUGGCAUCUGCAGGGCAAAGGCCGAGGGCCGCUCCUGCGAAUACAACGGGCGGAUUUACCAAAACGGCGAGAAUUUCCGCGCCGGUUGCAAACACCAGUGCACCUGCAUCGACGGAGCCGUGGGCUGUGUGCCCCUUUGCCCCAGCCACGUGCCCCUGGCGUCCCCCUCCUGUCCUGCCCCUCAGCUGGUCAAGGUGCCAGGCCAGUGCUGCCUCAGCAUCGACUGCCACAAGGGAAGCGCCGUCGUGCCCCCGGCGCACAGGCGACCCCAACCUCCGGUCUACCCGCCUUACCCCUUCAUCCCCUACCCGGCCUACCCCUACCCCAAGCCUUAUCCCAAACCCUACCGGAAACUGUACCCCUACAAACCCAAGAAGGAGAAGGACACCAUGGGCAACGAGCUGGUGGAGUUGGGGCGCAAGUGGGACAAGCCACGUGGAAACAAGCACCUGGCGGCGUGGAGGCAGAUGGGCGACCAGUGUGUGGUUCAGACUACUUCCUGGUCUCAGUGUUCCCGGAGCUGUGGGAUGGGCGUCUCCUCUCGCAUUACCAAUGACAAUGCUCGCUGUAAGCUGAUCAAGGAGACGCGCCUGUGCAACAUUCGGCCCUGCAGCUCCAUGUCCAUCCCCGUCAAGAAAGGAAGAAAGUGCUCUCGUACCCAUAAGGCCCCGGAGCCACACCGCUUGUCCUACGCCGGCUGCAGGAGCACUCGUCUGUACAGGCCCAACUACUGCGGCGUGUGCAGGGACGGCCGCUGCUGCUCGCCCCGUCGCACGCGCACCGCCAGCGUGGCCUUCACCUGCCCCGACGGAGAACGCUUCAACCGGUCCGUGAUGUUCAUCCAGUCCUGCAAGUGCAGCGACGAAUGCAACCAUCUCAAUGAGGCCGCCAUGCCUCCACAGCGAUGGCUCUACGGAGACACACACAAGUUCAUCGACUAGUGGUAUCAACCCCCCCC